AUGUGUGAAGGAAGUGGGUUGCAUGGUAAGGUUGUCCUUUCUUUUUUCACCAAUAGCGUGACUACAGUCAUUAUCAUCCUGGCUGCAGCAGUUGCCCUGAUGAUCGGGUUUGGUGUCUCAGGAAAACGCCCCAUCAGCGUGACAGCACUGACAGCUCUGGGCAACAUCGGCCAGCGUGGCAUCCUCAGCUGCAGUUUUGAGCCUGACGUCCGGACGGGCAGCAUAGCCAUCCAGUGGGCCAAGGUGGGAGUCACUGGGCUGGUCCACAAGUUCCAGGGUGGGAAGGACCACCUGCAAGAGCAAGAUGUGCUGUUUCGGGGUCGCACGGCGGUGUUUGCAGACCAGGUGGUUGGUGGCAACGCCUCCCUGGAGCUGAGGGACGUGCAGCUCUCCGAUGCUGGCACCUACCAGUGCUCGGUCACCACGGCCAGAGGGAGCGGAGUGGCCCUGCUGCAGUACAGGACGGGAGCCUUCAGCACCCCUAGGAUCCACAUGGAGAACAGCAGCAGUGGGAACAGGUUGCAGUGUGAAGCACCACGCUGGUUCCCUCAGCCUGCGGUGCGCUGGACAGCCUGCAGUGACGCCGGGGAGUCCCUGCCCCGUGCUGCCAACACCAGCUACGAGCUGAACGCUGAAAACACCACUCUGAAAGUGGUUUCCUUUCUGCACAACGUCACUGCUAACAUCACCUACACCUGCGUGAUUGAAAACAGCAUUGCCAAGGCUACAGGCAACAUCAAAGUGACAGAUUUCAGUGUUACAAGGGCGACCAACUUGCAGCUGCGGAACCGGAAUGCAGAGUCUGUGUCCUCCUCCCUUCCAGCCUGUGACUGGAUGCUUCUGCUUCCCUUGUAUCUGCUGUUGAUAUAA